AUGGCUACUAUAGUUGAGGCAUCGUCCACGUUGAGGAGAAGAAAGCAUCUCAAACGUGGGAUCACAUUCACGUUAAUGGUCGUUGGACAGUCCGGUAGUGGCAGAUCCACUUUCAUCAACACACUCUGUGGACAACAGGUCGUGGAUGUUUCUACUACGGUGAUGCUACCUACAGAUACUUCGACCGAAAUAGAUCUUCAGUUGCGGGAAGAGACAGUUGAAUUGGAGGAUGACGAAGGUGUGAAAAUACAGCUAAAUAUCAUUGAUACGCCAGGAUUUGGUGACUCGCUUGAUAAUACAUCGUCCUUCGAGGUCAUUUCAGAUUACAUUCGUCAUCAGUAUGAUGAAAUCUUGCUGGAGGAGAGUCGUGUUAGAAGAAACCCAAGGUUCAAAGACGGCAGAAUACACUGCUGUCUAUAUUUGAUCAAUCCAACAGGCCAUGGUUUAAAGGAGAUCGACGUCGAAUUUAUCAGGCAGCUGGGAUCAAUUGUCAACGUAAUCCCAGUGAUCAGUAAAUCUGACUCCCUCACUCCUGAUGAGCUGAAGCUCAACAAAAAAUUGAUGAUGGAAGAUAUCGACAGGUUCAACCUUCCAAUAUACAAUUUUCCGUUUGACGAGGAGGACAUAUCCGAAGAGGACUAUCAAACGAACUCUUAUCUUCGUUCUUUGCUGCCAUUUUCAGUGAUUGGUUCAAAUAAUGUUGAAAACCUUGGUGACGGGACCAUGAUUCGUGGUAGGAAAUAUCCGUGGGGCAUGUUAGAUGUCGAAGAUUCUUCGAUAUCAGAUUUUGUCAUUCUGAGAAACACCUUGUUAAUUUCGCAUUUGCAUGACUUGAAAGACUACACACACGAAGUUCUAUAUGAAAGGUAUAGAACAGAAGCUUUAUCGGGCGAAGCAGUUCCAUUUUCAAAGGGACCUGCUAGCGCCAUUGGUACCUCUGCAAUUAUUUCAUCAUCCCAAUCGGAAUAUGUUGCUUCCCCCCAACUUUCAACAGCAAAUCAAUCUACCAAAACGGCUGCUACGACACCAGCUCAAGAUACCUAUUUGGCCAGAGAGGAGCAGAUAAGGUUAGAAGAGGAGAGAUUAAAAGCAUUUGAAGAGAGGGUUCAACAAGAAUUAGUACUUAAAAGGAAAGAACUUUUAGAAAGAGAACAGGAAUUGAGAGAUAUUGAGGAUAGAAUAGAGAGGGAAGCUCGCCUUAAACAAGAGACAGAGGCGGAAUUGUAG